GUAGAAAGGAUCUAUCGAGAAUGCGGUCGACGCACCACACUUCUCAAUUGAGCUAGAAAGGGCAUUUAUUUGGCAUCAGGAAAUGUGUCAAAACCUAAUUCAGGUGUAAUUUUCUUCUUUUAAUGAACAUUUAUUAUCAGCGAAUAUGACAGAUAAAUCAGUUGAAGACUUUUUUGCCAAAAAGGACAAAAACAAAAGGUCAAAAUCGAAGUCUAACAAAAGUAAAUUUACUACCUCAGACCAGAUUGCCAAAACCCUUUCGACGAAUACGACAACAGCAGAUGGCGAGAAAAAGGAAUCGAAGAAAGAAAAGAAGCCAGCACAAGUGUCAGCUAUAGUAACUGAUGAAGUCGGCGAAGAUAAUGCGACAAAACCAGCAAAUGAAAUUCCACAAGCUGAUGAUGAAUGGAAAGACUUUGAGGACCCAACUACGAAAGAUUAUAGUGGACUAAGGAUACAGUCUUUACAGAUUGGGUACUUAUGCAUAAACUUCUAUUUUUCAGUUAAAUUUAACAUAAAUAAGUACUUACCAGAACAACCCACAGUCGAUGUAGUAGAAAAACCGGCACCAGAACCAGUAGCCCCUCCGGCUGCACCAGAACCAGAACCCCCUAAAUCCAACAAGUACAUCCCCCCUGCUAAGCGGGCUGGGGCAAUGGCUGAGCAGAUGCCUUCAUCAACACCAGCUAAUGACAGAUUCAGGAGGAGAAAGAAGGUUGUAGCACCAGAAAUUAACAGCGAAUCUGACUUUCCAUCAUUAUCUGCAAGUAUUGAUAUUGCAAAAUAUAAGACAAAAGAAAGUGAAAGGGACUUUGAGACAGUUACAAAAGGCAGUCGUGGUGGAGAAGAUCCAACAAAAAAAAGCAGUCAGAUAGAAAUUCAGAAUAAGUACGCAGCACUGCAACAAAAUUGAUGUUGAGGAUUUACAUUUAUUAGGAACCAUCAUUAUCACAACAAUAGUAAAAUAUGAUCACAACAACAGUAACACAUGAUCACUCCAUUCUAAAACAUGAUCACAACAGAAGUAAAACAUUAUCACAGCAGUAGUAAAAUAUGAUUACAAAAGUAAAAUGUAAUCACAACAGUAAAAUAUAACCACAACAAAAGUAAAACAGGAUCACAAUAGUUUAACAUGAUAAUCACACAACUAAUAAAAAUAUAUGAUCACAAUAAAGAUAAUACAUAAUCAUGAUAAUAGUACAACU